UUCCUCUGUGGGCUGAGAUGACGACAGAAACGAGCGAGGGGGUGGAGAGAGAACGAGAGAGAGACUGAUUCAGAUUCAGAGCACUAUGUUCAUUCUGUGUUAACAUCUCGCUGUGAUACCAAUGUGUGCAGCCUGAGAUAGCGUGUCCUAUUGCAGAACCUGAACAGCAAAUUCAUAUCCCAAGAUGCAGUGGUGUAGGUGGGCUGGCAGUUGGAGAUCACACCUACCGAGGCAGACUGCAGGGCCAGAAAUUGAGGACUCUUUCGACUUUCUUUUUAAAAUCAUCCUGGUUGGAGACUCGGAUGUGGGGAAGACCUGUGUUGUCCAGAGCUUCAAGUCUGGAAUAUUCAUGGAGAAGCAGCAAAACACCAUCGGGGUCGACUUUACUGUUCGUACCCUGGACAUUGACGGCAAGAGGGUAAAGAUGCAGGUGUGGGACACAGCAGGACAGGAGCGUUUCCGCACCAUAACUCAGAGCUACUACCGCAGUGCCCACGGGGCCAUGGUGGCCUAUGACAUCACACGCCGCGGUACAUUCGAAUCUGUUCCCAUCUGGAUCAGGGAAGUGGAGCAGUAUGGGGCUGCCAGCGUGGUACUGAUCCUUAUUGGUAAUAAGUCAGACCUCCAUGCUCAGAGGCAGGUGUUGUUCGAAGACGCGUGCACUUUGGCAGAAAACAACAACGUACUAGCUGCUUUGGAAACAUCAGCCAAGGAGGCUCAGAACGUAGAUGCAGCCUUCGUCCUUAUGGCCCGGGAGCUGCUGGCACGUAACGGCAUGACCAUUAUAGACGAAAACCUUCAAGACUCACCUCAAUUCAUGUUGAAUAACAGCUCCCAUGCAGUCUAUGGCAGCGGGUCUUCAGAUAAAAAGUGUGGGUGCUGAGCAGACAGAAGCAGGGACAUAUUUAAGAAUUGUUUGAAAAAUGGUGGUGGUAGUCUGAAGUGUGUUUGAAAAGUUUCUCUGCUAGGGUUGUAAGGGGAAACUUGUUUUAGGUGAAACUAAACAUGUUGCAUUGUGUGUGUGUGUGUGUGUGUAUAAAUGUUUAGUAUGUUUUUAUUUUUAAUAUUUAUACAGUUGGUUGUAUCACUAACAGCAAAUGGGAGUUGCUUAUCAAAUGUAUUUUGUAAUAUUCUUCUGAGGAUAACUGCUGCUGAAUGUGAUAAUGACUCAGCUACAGGCCACACCUCUGCUGGAGGUCUAUGUACUAAGACUGUAUGACAAUAUACAGAAUGUUUCCACUUGACAAACAACUUUUUGUGUCUUUCAUUUGCCUUUUUAAUCGUUCUUUCCACACAGUAUGGCUUUUACUGUGCAUUACCAGACUUCCAUAGUUUAAAACAGUAAUUUAAAUUGCCUGCAAAAACCAGUCAUACACCUGUCAGUUACAAAUAUAACAAACCAGCACUUUAGGACAUUUUCACUGGUACUGCAAGUGUAUUAAAAAUGUUUUCUUCUACCAAAAUCUUCUGAUACAGACAUUGACACGAACCAGCCAUAAGAUUUUUAUAACUAAAACCAGAU